AGGGCUGCGGUUUUUAUGGCACAGGUUCAGGCGCCGGUUUCCGCGCCGAACGGCGUUGCUCCCGUUACCGGAGGACCGCAGUUUAUGCUGGCAUCGCUCUAUGUCGGGGAUCUUGAUCCUACCGUUACCGAUGAACAGCUCUACCAAACAUUUAGCCAGGUGGCUCAGGUCGCUUCAGUAAGAGUCUGUCGGGACUUGGCUUCUGGCCGCUCUCUCGGCUAUGGCUAUGUUAAUUAUAACGAUCCUCGUGAUGCUGCUAGGGCAUUGGAUCUACUGAAUUUCACUCCACUUAAUAACAAGCCCAUUCGUAUCAUGUAUUCUCAGCGAGACCCUAGUCUUCGUAAGAGUGGUACUGCAAACAUAUUUAUCAAGAACUUGGACAAGUCUAUUGAUCACAAAGCAUUACAUGAUACGUUUUCUUCAUUUGGCAACAUCCUUUCUUGCAAGAUAGCUAUUGAUGGUCUUGGCCAGUCUAAAGGCUACGGUUUUGUACAAUUUGACAAUGAAGAAUCUGCUCAAAAUGCAAUCACAAAAAUGGCAUGUUGAUCAAUGAGAAGCAGGUCUAUGUUGGACCUUUCCUUCAUAAGCAGGAAAGAGACAAUGCUUUGGAUAAGACCACAUUCAAUAAUGUUUAUGUGAAAAAUCUUUCUGAGUCUACAACAGAUGAAGACAUGAAAUUAAUUUUUGGUGAAUAUGGUGAAUUACUAGUGCUGUAGUUA